AUGGCAGACAACGAAAACCUGCGUACGGCGUCGCUGUACAUCAACAAUCAGUUGCUCUCGCGAGGACUCCUCCGUGAUGGCCAGACAAUCAACUUCGCCGACCCGGAAGACAAUCCGGGCGGCACCGAGGCUACCAUGGGCAGGGUCAUGAGCAUUGUCAAUGACUUGAUCUUGCGUAGAGACCGCGACGCCGAACACCGCGAGAACCUCUCCGCUACCCUGCGCAACGUCCGAGCCGAAAACCUCCGAUACACGAACGACCUAUCGCGUCUGUCGGAGAAGCAGACCGACACCCAACGGAAACUCGACAUCAGCGAGGCCACCGAGAACACGCUACGCACCCAGCUCAAGUCAGCCGACGCUGCUGUCCGCGGGCUCAAGGAGGAGGUGGCGCGCGCCAAGACACUCGUUGCCCAGACGCGCGCCUCCUGUGCGACCGAGGUCCGCCGCCGCGACCGCCAGAUUGACGGCCUGAAAAAGCAACUCGGUGACGCUGGUCGUCCCCGAGGCACCGCCAAGAGCUCUUCCGUCACCGUCAUCAGCGUCGUCGCCGGCGAGGGCGAGGAGAAGGUGUCCCCCCGACGCCAGGGCAAGGCUGGCACGAGCACUGACGAUUCCAACUACGACCUCCGCAGCGAGACGAACGAGUUCCUGACAGGCCUGGCGAGAAGCCUCAGCGAAGAGAACGAGGCCCUUCUAGGCUUGGUCCGACGGACGACCAAGAGCCUACGUGAGAUGAGCGGCUGUGAUGUCCGGACAAGUCAGGGCGACGGGUAUGCCGUCGCCCUGCCCACGGCUGAGGACAUGGCCUCGGAGCUGGACGCCAUUCUCGAACACCUCCGCUCCAUCCUGACGAACCCUUCGUUCGCCCCCAUUGAGGAGGUCGAGGUCCGCGAGGAGGAGAUUGCUCGCCUGCGUGCUGGCUGGGUCAAGAUGGAGAGCCGCUGGCAGGAGGCCGUCCAUCUCAUCGAUGGCUGGCGUCGGCGCAUGGUUGUCGACGGCAAGUCAGUCAACAUGGAGGAGCUCAAGAUGGGUCUUCGUCUUAGCCCCGUGCGCGUGCGUGACGUCGAGGAGACGCAGCAGGGCGGCGUGGACAUGCAGGAGUUGUCCUGCGUCCAAGAGGAAUGCACUGCCGAUCUCGAGGACGAGGACGAAGACGAGGACGAAGCCGAAGACGAGGAAGAAGAGGAGGCGAUGCCCGACUCCCCUUGCCCUGCCCCCCACAGAGUCGAGUCUCUGCACCUUGUUCCCGCUCCUGACCGACACUAUGCGGCUCCCCACGAAGAGGAGUACGACGACGAAGUCCAGCAGAGCGACCGGGAGUCGAGCAUCUUUGAGGAUGUUGACGUCGAAGAUCUUGAUAUCGAGGAGCCUAACGUGCAGAUCCUCCAACAAUCCACUGCAAUGGUCAGCUCUCCCCCUCUGCCGCCCCCUCCUCAGCUGAGUCCGCUCCGCGAGAUGGCAUCUGCCGGCAACCGCGAUGCACGACCGAGACGCGAGAAGCAGGGUGGUUACCGCACAAUGGCCGAGGAGAAGACCCGUACCAUCCGUACCGUCGAGACCGCCCCCAAGCCACCCCCGCAUCUCGUCCAGGUCUCUAGGUCUCCGCAGAAGCCUUCGCAGCAGGCCGAUGACCGCUACCGUACCAUCUCUGCGGCUUCGGUCGAAUCCGACUCGACCCACAACGGCGCGCCCCUCUUCACACCGUCUGGAACCCCUCCUCCUGAAGUGGACCAAACACCAACCGCCCGCAAGCUCCCGAAGCCACCACGUCUAGUAGCAGCGGCUCCGGCGGUAUCCGCACCAAAGGAGACCCUGUCCACGGUCCGUGCAGUCUCCCAGGAGAGCCAGGAGAGCCAGACCAGCCAGGAGAGCUGCGACGGUGAGCCUCCUGCCCCUGCCAUGCAGCCCAGCAGCAGCAAAGCCGCAUCGCCACACCGCACCCCCUUGCGCCGCGUUCCCUCCCGCCUUCCCCUACCUCGUCCUUCGGACCCGCCGCCACAGCAGAGCCCCCUGACGCUGGCCACUAUUGCGGCCAAGCUUGCCGCCUCGGAGCGCGAGGCCGAUGCCGCACGGGUCCGUGCAAAGCUCAAGGCUGCCCGCGACGGCGCCCUUGGCAAAUCUAUCCCCGCAACGCGGGAACAGCAGCAGCAGCAGCAGCAGCAGCAGCAGCAGCCCAUGCCCGCUCCCCCUCCACCAGAGACCAUCGUGGCCGUACCGGCAGAGCCAGAACAAGCAAAUGGCUCUCCCGCAAGGACAGGGGCAGACCGAGACCUUGACCCCAUCAAGCGCGACCUCCCGCAAGUCGAGGGCCAAGAGCAGUCGCCGCUCCAGCCCACGAGGCGCAAGCGCGAAAGGCGCGCGAGCAAGGUCGCGUCGAGGAGACGGAGCACGCUCAGCCCGUGGGAGAUGGAGAGUCUCAUCUCGGGCACCGUCGCCGUCCCUCCCUCACCGGCUCGGUAA